CAAUCUGUAAGGACCUGACCUUAGUCCAUCCAGAUCAAUAGGGAAGUGAGGGUGGAAAGAAGAAGAAGAAGAAAUAAGGGGCGCAACCGGAUCGUUUACACUGGCUGUUCCCGAGGAAAUAUAGACUUCCCUUGCCUGUACCUUUUGUUGCGCACACUGUAAAAGUGGAUAUCGAGGCGAUUCCAUUGCUUUGUGUGAUUGCAGCAGACUUGUUUCCCUUUUCCUACAACCAUGUCAUUCCCUCAGCUGGGAUAUCAGUACAUCCGACCGAUAUACCCGCCGGAGCGCCAGGGAAUCGCAGCUAAUGCCCGGGCCGGGACAGAGCUGAGCCCGUCCGGCGCCCUGUCCAACGUCCUCUCCACUAUGUAUGGAUCUCCUUUCGCCGCAGCAGCACAGGGCUAUGGAGCGUUUCUCCCCUACUCAAACGACAUAUCAAUUUUCAAUCAGCUGGGUGCUCAGUAUGAACUGAAAGACAGCCCCGGCGUCCAGCACCCAGGGUUCGCCCACCAUCACCCUGCUUUUUACCCAUAUGGCCAGUAUCAGUUCGGUGACCCGUCCAGACCCAAAAACGCCACCAGGGAGAGCACCAGCACCCUGAAGGCCUGGCUCAGCGAGCAUCGCAAGAACCCCUAUCCCACCAAGGGCGAGAAGAUCAUGCUGGCCAUCAUCACCAAGAUGACCCUCACUCAAGUGUCCACCUGGUUCGCCAACGCCAGGAGGAGGCUAAAGAAGGAGAACAAGAUGACCUGGACCCCCAGGAGCCGCACCGACGAAGAGGGGAAUGUUUACACCAGUGAUCAUGAGGGGGACGAGGGGGACAAGAGGGAGGACGAGGAGGAGAUCGACCUGGAGAACAUCGACACGGAGAAUAUCGAGAACAAGGACGACUUGGACGACCAGGACGACCUGCAUUCAGAUAUCAAACUAGACGGGAGGAGUGACUCUGAGAUUUCUGACGGCUAUGAGGAUUUACAAGGGCCCGACCAGAGGUUUCUAAAGGCGGUGGGUAAAGAGGGCAAAGACAUGGAGAGAGGAGGAGAGCACUUCCACAGCCACCACCACCACCAUCACCACCACAAUCACAACCACCACCAUCACUCCUCGUUAGAAAUUAAAGCAUCGCAGCCCAACGGGGAGCAGCUGAAACUGAACCCGGGCUCCGUUAGUUCGCCGCCGUCAGAAAACAACGCUGCCCCGGCCCAAAAGCCAAAGAUCUGGUCUUUGGCAGAGACAGCCACGGCCCCUGACAAUCCACGCAAAUCGCCACAAAUGAACGGCAGCAACUCCGCAGGGUCGGCCGCCCAAACCAUCAUCACCCCUCACAGACUUAUCUCUUCUUGUCCCGUUGGGAAAAUCCAGAACUGGACGAACCGAGCCUUUUCAGCCCACCAGCUGGCGUUACUGAACUCAAACCAUUACCUGGGACUGGCAAACCAGGCGACUGCUACCAGCCUGGCCCUCUACAGCAGCAGGCAAACGGAGGACAAGAGUCAUAGUUCAGAGACAGCAGUCACAGAGCGAUCUAGUGCCUUGGAAGCAGAGAAAAAGUUGUUAAAAACAGCUUUCCACCCAGUUCAAAGACGGCCUCAGAACCAGCUAGAAGCAGCGGUGGUUCUUUCGGCUCUCUCCUCUUCAUAAUCCCCCGCCCCUCCCCACCCCACACCUCUUUUUUUCCUUUUUAUUUGAAUAUGUUGUAUGGAAUGUAAAAUAAGAAUAAUACAUCUCUGUAUACUUACAUUGUAAGCAUGUCCUGUGUAAAACUGCUAAUGUAAUAAUGUAUGAACCUGUAGUCUGUGAGUUUUUUUCCCUCCUUUUUUCUUUUUGUAAGUUCUGUGAGAAUUUGAUGUUCAAAUGUUUUGUAUAUAAAGUUAAGAAAAUGUACAUACUUGUGAACCAAAUUGUACAAGAAAGUCUAUAUUUUGGCUAAU